AUUGAGCAAAUCAUGGAGGAAAAGAAGGCCUUCGAUAUUAGUCUCAAUUUCGAAAAGCUGGGAAUUGAGAAUCUCAGCAAUGGCUGGCGAAGGCCAGCACCCUCCGUUCCCGUAGUAUUGGAUACGCUUCCCACCACGUCCAACAUCUUAAGUAUUCACCUAUUGGACCUGGUCACUUUCAACGAUUCUGGGACUGAAGGCCCGAAGCAAUGUAUCGCCACCGCGACUGCAGACAGACGGCUAAACCUAAUCAAGCCAGAUCCUUCGUGUUUCUCCUUGCUCCGUUCUUACACUCAUUUUCAAGACUCGCCAAUUUUAGACUUCACUGUAGUGAAUUGUAAAUACCUCCUAACUGCUUCCAUGUCUGGCCGGUUGCUUCUAUACAACACAGAAGCAGACCAAAUCUUGGACGAGAGAAGAGAUCAUUCUAAAUACAUCGUCAAGAUCGCAAAGUGGUCAACCGGUUUGUCGAUGCUUGUCGCAAGCGCGGGGUGGGACUCAAAGCUGAACCUUUAUCGCCUUGAAGCCACUGACGAUGGUAUUGCGAAAAUUGGGGAACCUGUGGCAACACUAGGCCUAACAAGCAUCCCCGAGACAAUCUUGUUCAUUGAGUCAUCUAUGGUUUCAUCUCCAAUUCUCUUGCUGUCUAGAAGAGAUUCUACCUUCCUCUAUUACUACUCCGUCCCUCCGCUAGGUGUAGCCACCUCAGAAAUCACCCUUUUAGGAAAGCAGAAUCUAGCACCUCUAAGCAACGCGUGGGUAGCAUUUAGUCCGUCUGACGUCCAGUUAUGCCCAUCAGACCCAUCUCUUGUCGCCGUCGCGACAUCUACGACUCCGCACAUGAAGCUCUUGCUCGUGCGACUCCUUGUUCCACCGAACGGACCCUCUGCUUCCAAUGUAGAUGACAGCGACCACUACGCUUCACACAAUACCCUAGAGCCCGUUAUAGACUCCCACAACACGCUCAGCUCCACCGUUCAAGCGUCACAAGCCCGAGAAAAUCUUAUCAUGAGGGAUCGAGAGGAAGCCGCCAUUAUUCUAAGCAUAAAUACGUUGGCUCCACAAACAGCCUAUUCCACACCGAAAUUAGCUUGGCGGCCGGACGGCUCUGGAGUUUAUGUGAGCUCCGACGACGGCGUCAUCCGAGGAUUCGAAGCAAGUACGGGAAAACUUAUCACGAGUCUAGAGGGCCAUGCUCCUGGAUUCAAAAUUCGCUGCCUUUGGGCCGGUUUCGUAAAAGGGGAUUCUACAGACAUGUCAACUAGUAGGCCGGAAGAAUGGCUCAUUAGUGGGGGGUUUGAUCAAAAGCUGAUUGUGUGGAGAGAUGUAUAACGAAGGCCGACCGAGUGGAUGGCAUCACAAUUCCUCACGGAUGGGGACAGAACAGACUCAUGUGACGUGGGAACCAACCACACUGGUUUUGUAAUCCACAAUUGGCAGAGGAAAAGCAAAGGUUACGCCAGGGAUGGCUUCGGCGACACCCGAAAACAGAUGACUGUCUCUGCCGGACUAUUCAGGCUUUACAAGCUACCUCAAUUAACGACCUUCAUCUGCGUUAGUAGAAGCAUGCGGAGACCGCUCCCGUGAACUGGAGUUGUUUAAACGCCAUAAACGACCUACCUAAAAUUGCAG